AUGGGAAAUUUCACUUCUGCUGAACCGUCACAAGCAUUUGCAUCUGUGACACCAUGGGAAGCACCUGGAGCGUUUGUUAGCAUUGGGAACGUCAAUGACCGUAGGCUGUCUGCCUCACAGCGUAACCUUCCAGUUCGUACAUUUGGCAGCAUCUUGACACACGUUCCUGGUAAUGCUGUUGCUCAACGUGGUCGUCGACGCUAUGCUGCUCUUAGGCCAAGUGAUAGUAUUAUCUCAAGGACAUCUGCCACGAUCCGUGAGGUGCAAAUAGCGAUAUUUAUCCAACCUCAAUAUGUUAAUAAACCAUCACUCAAUAUACUGAAUGUCGGCCUACCUCCAUAUCUGGAUUUGCUGGCACAAGGUCCCCUUGCAAAUGAAGUGUAUCAAUGA